UGACGGUUGGGAAGUGGUUGGCAGCAAGUUCAUGUCAUUAUUUCUGUUUCAUGGCAUCUGGAGACAUUGACUCCCCUACUUGCAAGGCAAUCAAUUCGGAGGCCUGAAGUUCACCUGGCUUCAGAUCUCCUGGGCCCAGGCCUCGCUCUUUCAGAACACAGCUAAAAUCCUGCCCAAGGCCGAAUGAUCCAAGGACCGCCAUCAACAAGGUCUAGGAAACACCAGUUGGAGGACUUGUUCAGCCAGCACGCACCAACACCUCCUGUAGCCACGACUAACACUCUUCAAAAUGGGCAUACACGAAUUGGAGGAAACGAUGCCGCUCCGCAUCAUCACCUUCAACAUCCGCUAUGCCACCACGUCUCCCACCCCCCAUGAGGAACUCUGGGAGAUCCGCCGCCCGAAGCUCUGCAACCAGAUCCGCUUCAACACGGCCGGCCGUUCCGCCUUCAUCUCGUUCCAGGAGGCCCUGGCCAACCAGGUCGACGACAUCCAGGAGGAACUGGGCCCUACCUGGUCCCACAUCGGGGUCGGGCGGGACGACGGCAAGGCCGCGGGGGAGUUCUCGCCCGUCUUCUACCAGGCGGAGACGUGGAAGUGCGAGCGCAGCCAGACGUACUGGCUCAGCCCGACGCCGGAGGAGCCCUCGACGGGGUGGGACGCCGUGCUCCCGCGCAUCGUGACCAUGGGCCAGUUCGAGCACAGGCAGAACGGCGCGAGGGUCGUGGUCCUGAGCACCCACUUCGACCACAUCGGGGUCACGGCCCGCGAGGAGAGCGCGAAGCUGAUCCUGAAGCUGGCGGACUCGUGGGUGGGCGAGAUCGGCAAGUCUAGGAAGGGGAAGCCGCCGGUAUUCCUCGGGGGCGAUUUCAACAGCACGCCUGAGGACAGGGCCUACCAGACCAUGACGGCGCCGGGGACCGGGAUGACGGACAUAUCAACGCUGAUCCCGGUGGAGAGGCGGUACGGCAACACGUUGACUUAUACUUCCUUCGACGAGCCGGAUGAGGAGCCCUCGAGGAUUGAUUUUCUCUUCGUCAAGGAUACCACAGACAUCAAAUUCCUUACCUAUGGGGUCCUGGCUAAUCGAUUUGACGAUGCGGUGUUUCUCUCAGACCACCGCGCAGUAAUGGCUGACAUGGACGUUCCGGUGAAAGGACAGUCCCCGUCUAUGUAAGGCUUCCCAGUGGGGGUUCCUUUGAUGGAAACACGACUCGUGCUAGCCAAUGGGUUGAGUGAUUGUAGCGCAUGGAAGCGCAGGUCCACCUCUCCUAGUUUUCCCAGGGUGACGAUGUAUUCAUGCCUGGCCCAUUCCCUUUUGGAGGGAGGAGGACAAUCACAUGUCGAUGCCUGGGCACAGUGGUUAUGGGUGUGGGAGCAGAUUUCAAAUGCAGUCCCACGUCUUGACUCCUCCAACAUUGCCCAAGAUUAUGGUGAUUGCCGCUACAACGGCUUGGUCUGGAACUCACCGAGCGGAAGCAAGAGACGGCACCAACGCACGAACCGCUGACUCCCGUGCCCAGGGAGGACUCUAAGAGCCUCAUCAUAAAUAAGAUCCCAUCUUGAUAAUUUCCCCUAGACCACCCUAGCGCCACCAAUUUUGCGCGCAGAUCUAAUGCAGGUGUGGUGGCGUCCGUGAAGAGGAAAGGGCGGUGUGGAGCUUGGGGACGAGCAGUAGUGCUACUGUUCAACGCAAACCAUCACACACUGCACAGCACCAUCUCGUCCGAACCCACGACUGACCAGUCAUGUGCCGCAAGCAUGGUCGCUAGCUAUGAGGGAAAUAUAGGUGGCCGGCCAAAUUUGCUCGCGCGUGGAGUUGUCCACGAAUGGCGAUUCAACUACUUUCGGGACAGGAUAUGAAGAUGAAGGGACCUCGGACAAGCAGCACGGUCGUAAGUCGCAUUGCAUGUUCUGCCAACUCAGGCACAUAUGUCAACUCCACUUGAGCAUCCACUCGGGCCGCCAUCGUCAUGCAGAGCCUUUGAGCAUAGGUUAUCCGAGUACGCCCCGGAGGUGCCGGACAUGUCGUGGCUUGACGGGCAGCACGACGGCAAACUGCAUCUGUGGGGGGAAUCAUUCCGAUCAGGCGACCUGGGGGAGCACGGUGGACAGGCAGGCCUGUGAAGACGAACAACGUGUUUCCUCCAUGUCGUCACAGGUGCCGUGAAGGUGUGGUGCCAUUGGAGCUCAGAACCGUUCUCCCGGGCCAUAAGGGACAAUAAUCAUCGACCCUACCUAGGGUUGCAGGUUGCAGGUUGCAACUCAUGGCCUGCAGGAGGUCCAGUGAACCCCCGGGCUGACUUGCAGUCGAGGUUGCACCCAACCACGACGCAGGGAGGUGGCGGGAGCGUCGUUGUGGAGGCUGUGGGACGCGGGGGAUAGGCAUUGGAUCGGACGCGUGAUAGGGGACACAAGUACGGCCGCUGGUGGGAUGCAGCAUACUGUGUGCUGCAGAUGCGGCAAGGUCCUGCUGUCCCUGCCACCGACCCCGUGAAGCUGCGGCUUCUUGAUGUUUGUGGCACAGACGUGGCAUAAUUGCCGAAGCUGGUGAUGUGUUGGGGGCAAAUGCCAAAGUCAGCCAUUUUGAUGACCACGGAUCUGGGGAAGACAAGCAUUGGCCGAUUGCUGACAUGUCGCCGCGUUCUAUCAAGUGCCACUGCCAGGAUUGGCGAGGAGUCCAUCUCACAGCCGACGAACCGGGCUAGGCACAAGUGCAGUCAGCGGGUUGCUCGAAACCUUGUCUCUCUCGCUUCCGGUAUAAGCCGUAGCAAGACAUGCUGCUAAUAAGCACUGGCACGAAUGCUGCAGUUCCUCCCUCGAGUGUUCAAGGUUUGACAGUCGUUGGCUGGGGACUCGUGCUGCACGGGGUUGCAUGAGGGACGAAACUCGUGCACACUGGGGGAACGGCUCCAAUGGGCAGUGCAAGCAUUGCUGCAGGGCAGCGUCAUUGGACAUGAGUGGAGGAUGGUUCGUGUCCUCUUCUGGCAAUAGUGUUCACCCAGCCCCAUGGAGUUUUAGUUGAGCCGCAUCUCCAAACCCGACUUUUGCCGCAGCCCAUCCGAGGACUGGGCAGACGGGCACCUGCUCCAUACGUGUAGAUGAGGGCCUGGACCGGCGUGGUCUGGGAACGGGGUCUGGGGGGUGUGAGGUUGGCCGUGGUCGUGUCCCCCUGGCCGCCCAUUCGCGCGUCGUACUCGGCACGACACCUAUUGGAUGUUCUGGUUGACGCCGGGACCUGAGCCUUAAAGUCGGGGUGUCAGGGAGUUCUGUUGGUUGGUUGUCAUGCACACGCCGCCCGCGUGAACCUAUUAGGCGUCGACCAUGCGAGCACUUCUGGCACUUAGACGGGGCCUUGGGAGGCAAGCGGGCCUGAAGUUGGGGCCUGACGACAAAGUAGCGGGUCGGGCAGUCGGGGUGCAUGGAGUCAUCCCAGGGUGCAUCUGCACAAAGUCGUCGCCGCGAUCCUGUGACUGAGAUCCCGGGGGUGGUCGAUGUUCCCGGGCUCCACAUCCCGGACCUCUGGGUCUCUGCCUCUCUGGUCUAUCAUGCCAGCGGCAGGGGCCAGGGUUUGUGAGGACUGCCCCAGCGCAGCCCCAGGGCCUUGGAGAAUGUCCGUAAGUUUCCACUCUGCCACUGUCGCUGUGGUCUGUCUGUCAGCUUCCGGCGGCUUCAACAAAGCAGGGGUGGGGUGUCUAGGUCUGGUGGGUGACUCAAUAUUGAGCAAGGUCUUCUUGAGGUAAGAGAGGCGGGCAGAAGGGGGUGGGGGGAAGACGGCCUGGCGGGCAGACGGGGUGUCCUCUGGCAGAGAAACAGCUCGCUGCGUGCUGUGGUAAUGGCAAAGGUCGCACCAAGCUUCUGGCAGGAGUGUGGCAUCGCGCCUCGCUGCAUCUGAGCAUCUGGCACCCGGCCAACCGUUCCCGCCAUCUCCCUGUAGGUCUCAGGCUGCACCAUUGCCAUUCGUUGUCCCUCAGCCCUGAUAUUCCUCUUCGGAGGGGGUGUGUGCGGGUGGUGUUGACGGGCGACGGCGACCAGGAAUUUCAAGGCACACCCCCUCACACCCCCAGGUGCCAC